AUGCCCGCCACGGCACCGGCCGACGUCGUGGCGGCCAUCCGGCCGGCGACCCCGGCCUACAAGACCCCGGUGCCCCUCCCUCUAACCCUAGCCCCCGACCCCCCUCGCUCGCGCUCUCCCCACAGCCUCUCGCUCACCCCUCCCCCUCUCUCUGUUUUGACGGCCGGGCGGGACGUCACCACGCCGUUGUCAAGCCCGCGGCCACCGGCCACCGCUCGCCGCACCGACGAGUUCAGGAGGAUCGCCAUCGUCGACCUCGUCCAUCCAGAGCGUCAAAUCGAGCGGAGCCGCACCGAUUUGCCGCCAUCGAUCUCGUCUUCGACAUCCUGCACCGACGGCCGCCGUCGUCGAUUCGCUCGACCCCGACCGUCCCCAGCCUCCCCGACCACGUCCCCGGCUCCUUGCUCCGCUGUUGUUGCUGAUUUGCUGAUGCUGCUGCCACUUCCCGCGCCGGCGUACGCCUCCGCCCGCCUGCGUGUGUGCCCCGUCGUAGCCAGGCCACGCCCACGCGCGGCUGCCGCCGCUUGUCACCAUGCAGUGCCGCGCCCCGCGCCCAGCUCGUAUGCAUGCCGCUGCUGCUCUACUGAAUCUACUAUUGCUACUACCUACUGUAGCUAUUACUAGUUAGCUUUUCUAUUUCUACACUGACUAGCCCUCUAAACAGCCCCUAAACUGUGGCUAAACACUGUUAACAGGAGCAAGAAUAAUAUUUCUAGGUAGUACACUUGUCAAAGCUCAAAUGUUUCCAUUGGACCAAAUCAAUUUGAUGCAUGGAUUAAUUCCUAUAAAAAUCACAAAAUGCUAUCUUUUCUAAAUAGAGAACAGAAUUAAACCCUAGCACUAUGUAUGCAUGUGUUGUGUGUACAGCGCGCGUGUGUGUAGUGCAUGUGUGGUGUGUGUGGCCAGCUGUGCCACAGCCGUGUGUGGCCGGUCAUGCUAGUUAGGAGUAGUUUAAUUAGUAGGAGUAGUAGUUAAUUAGUCUAAUAGUAGAUGACAUGUGGAUCCCCACUUCUAAAUUAACUAGUUAAAUAAACCUAUUAAAAUACAGUCAAUGAUAGGUGGACCCCCUCUAAUUAUCCACUUAAACGAAAUUGUUGUAUAUGUGUCAAUGACGCCUGGGCCCGAUCUGCAGUUUUGACAAGUUAACAGUCAAAUAAUUGACUGUUGACUAGAGUGUUGACUGAGUCAACUGGACCCCUUGAUCCCACCUGUCAUCCACUGUGGCUAGCCCACGAUGGGUAUAGAAAGUAUAUCCUAUUUUAUUUUCGGAUUAUAAUAAAUUCAGAACUAAAAAAAUCAUUUAAAGCUUUAAAAUUUAAUAUAAAGUAAACCGUACCUCAGAUGAAAAAACUUUGUACGUGAAAGUUGCUCAGAACGACGAGACGAACCCGGAUACACAGCCCGUUCGUCCGCCACGCAUCCCUAACCUAUCGAACUCGCAACUUUCCCCUUUCGGUUCACCGGUCCGAAAACGCGAAACACCGGGGA